AUGGAUAGCGAUGAGUAUAAAAAAGAAGUUGAAGCAAAUGUAAAGGCAGAAAAACUUUUACAGUUGCAAAACCAAACCGUACAGUAUGAAAACUUAGCACAAGAAAGUAAAAAUAACGACGCGGCUAUGCAAAAGGCAAUGAAAAGCGCAGAAUAUAUAAAAGCUAACAAUGACUGGUUAGAUGCCCAAGCCAACGCUAAAGCAGCCCAGCUUAUAGGGUCAAUAAGGACAAAAAUACAAGCGGAUGAAGACAGUUCAAAUGAAGCUUUAACAAAUGCUGACUUUAAGAACGCCUUCGAAGCUCUUCAUAGUAAGGUGAAACUAGUGAACGACUUCUCAUCUGGAAAGAAACUGAAGUCUGAAGGUUUCGACAAAGAGUUAAGAGAAGUAGCACAAAAUAUGACGAAAAUAACAGAUGCAGCAACGAGACAGGCAGUUCAAAGUGCCUAUGACGCCGUUAGAGCAACUGUUGUGGAAAGUCAAGAAAAAGAGUUACAACAGACCAAAACAGACCUAGUAAAUGCUUUCUUAAAAACGAAAAGUCAGGUAGGACAUUAUGCUGCAGAUGGAACAUAUGUGCCAGCUGGUGGAACUUAUAUACCAGCUGGUGGAACUUAUAUACUAGCUAGUGG